UUAACCCCUUCAUUUGGAAGACAAAUGGCAUCGACACCGGCGAUUCCACCCGGGGCGGGGGCGGCCGCGGCCGCGGCGGGGAGCGGUGGAGUAGAUGGCCUCGCGCCUCCGCCGCCGCCGGGUACGGACAUGACGGGGAUAUGUUUUCGGGAUCAGCUAUGGCUCAACACGUAUCCGCUCGAUCGAAACCUAGUUUUUGAUUACUUCGCACUUUCUCCGUUCUACGACUACUCAUGCAACAAUGAGCAGCUUCGAGCUCGUGCUAUUCACCCCCUUGACAUCUCUCAACUCUCGAAGAUGACAGGAACAGAAUACAUGUUGAGUGAGGUGUUGGAGCCUCAUUUGUUUGUCUUUAGAAAGCAAAAGAGGGAUGGCCCUGAGAAGGUUACACCUAUGCUGACAUACUACGUUUUGGAUGGAUCAAUAUACCAAGCACCUCAGCUUUGCAACGUUUUCGCAUCCCGAGUUGGGCGUGCGCUGUACCAUAUAUCGAAGGCGUUUAACACUGCAUCAUCAAAGUUGGAGAAAGUUGGAUAUGUUGAGGCUGAAAGUGAGGAUUCACCAUCAGAAACAAAGACUGCUAAAGAAGCUAUUGAUUUCAAGGAACUUAAGCGCGUGGAUCAUAUUCUUGCUUCGCUGCAGCGCAAGCUUCCACCAGCUCCACCACCACCGCCUUUUCCGGAAGGCUAUUCCCCUCCCACUGCAGAAGGUGAGAAGACCUCCGAAACCCAGCAAACAGAGCCUGCAGCAGCUGUAGAUCCCAUCAUCGACCAAGGCCCAUCAAAGAGAAUGAAGACUUGAUACCGACAUGAACAAACUAUUGAUUCCUCAGAUGAUCAAACUAACUGCUAACUUCUGACCCAAGUGAUCGAUCAAUCAGAAACGUUGUUUAGCUUGAAAAACUAGAUAUAGAUAGGAUACACUCAUUUAUAACAUUUUUACUGAAAAACUAAAAUGUUCCUUAA